GGCCUUAAGGGCGGCCGCGGCCCGGGGCCGCCCAGUCGGCCGGUCUGCCGGCUCCGGAGCGUGCUCGUGCGCCUGCGCGGCGGCGCCGAUGAAGGCGAUGGCGGCGGAGGAGGAGGUGGACCCGGCGGACGCCGGCGGAGGGUCAGGAUGGCUCACAGGGUGGCUUCCUACCUGGUGUCCAACGUCUACAUCACACCUUAAAGAAGCUGAAGAGAAAAUGUUAAAAUGUGUCCCCUGCACUUACAAGAAAGAGCCUGUUCGCAUAUCUAAUGGAAACAGAAUAUGGACACUGAUGUUCUCACACAACAUUUCUAGUAAGACGCCGCUUGUCCUCCUCCAUGGGUUUGGAGGAGGUCUUGGACUUUGGGCCCUGAACUUUGAAGAUCUCAGCACCGACAGGCCUGUCUAUGCCUUUGACCUCUUGGGCUUUGGAAGAAGUAGUAGACCUAGGUUUAACGGCGACGCAGAAGAAGUGGAGAAUCAGUUUGUGGAAUCCAUUGAAGAGUGGAGAUGUGCUCUCGGGCUGGACGAAAUGAUCCUGCUCGGACACAACCUGGGAGGGUUCCUGGCUGCGGCCUACUCCCUGAAGUACCCAGCGAGGGUCAGUCACCUCAUCUUAGUAGAGCCGUGGGGUUUCCCUGAGCGACCAGAUCUUGCUGAUCAAGAGAGGCCAAUUCCAGUUUGGAUCAGAGCCCUGGGGGCAGCCCUGACUCCCUUUAACCCCUUGGCUGGCCUCAGGAUCGCAGGGCCCUUUGGGUUAAGUCUAGUACAGCGUUUAAGGCCCGACUUCAAACGGAAGUACUCGUCUAUGUUUGAAGACGACACUGUGACAGAGUACAUCUACCACUGCAACGUCCAGACCCCAAGUGGUGAGACUGCCUUCAAAAACAUGACGAUUCCAUACGGGUGGGCGAAGCGGCCCAUGCUGCUGCGGAUUGGCGGCUUGCACCCCGACAUUCCCGUGACCGUCAUCUUCGGCGCCCGCUCCUGCAUAGAUGGCAACUCUGGCAGCAGCAUCCAGUCCCUGCGGCCGAAGUCCUACGUGAAGACAAUAGCUAUCCUCGGGGCAGGCCACUAUGUGUAUGCAGAUCAGCCCGAAGAGUUCAACCAGAAGGUCAAGGAGAUCUGCCACACCGUGGACUGAGCAGACGGUGGGAGCGCCGUGACAGGCUCCACUCUGAGCAGUGUGCCACAGCCAGAAAGAGGAAGGUGCAGCCGGGAGCCAGGCGCCUCCUGGGCGCUGCACUUAGAGAGUCUCGUGCACAGUUAAGCCAGGCAGUGCCUUCCAGAAGAGUGGUUUCCUUUCUCCUACACAGAAUUGAGCUAUAAAGUCUCCUAAUUAAUAGUAGCCUUAAAUAAAGGUUAUUUGUCCUUAUGAUGUACUGAAAAAUUGUGGCUUUUCAGCUAAGGUUUUUCUCGUUUUACCUAAUUAGGUGCUUUUCGUAUUGAGGCUUCUAUGCCAGUGUCAGCGGCUCCUGGGUCUGUUAUGUCAAAUGAUGUGCAGGUGCACUUUAUUGUCUUCGGGUGUAUUUACCAUCUCUACCAACCAACUUAGUCACCCAAGUACUUUUAUGUAAAAACCAAUUUAGAAUACUCAUUUCUGAAACGGAGUUUAGACUAGUUCACUUUGAAGUGGAGUCAAAGGAGAAGUUUUGAUUGAAAAGGCGGGAGUCAGCCACCAGCAGUCACUCUUCUGGUUUUCCUGUUUCAUGUGUGAGGCUGCAAAGCUGUGUUCAGUGUGUUCCGUGGGAGCCUACAGCUUACAGCACCAGUUUCUCGAACCUUCUGGGUGUGAUGUAGGGUUCUGUGGAAACACCGUGGACACACUCAGUAAUUCAAGUACUGAGACGCCUGGCCCAGAGCCUGCCCCUCUUCCUCCUCCUCCAGGAACCAGGACUUGGUGACUGACUGACCAGGGCUCCUCAUGGUAAACCAAGGCACACUGCGUUCUCCUGAACAGCCGAUUUCCGUGGUGCUUAGACUGGGUUGCCUCUACCACUGCAUUUAAAGCAGGUGCUGUGAUGUCUCGUAGCACCAGAAAUGAGCUAGAACUUGUGUUUAUUUUUAUUUACUAUUAUGUUAAUCUAAUCAUUUCUAUACUUGAAGUAAGAUUAUAAAAAUUUCUAUAAUGUUGUCUGAGCCACUUGGCAGAAACCACCAUUGAAUUUAUAACUUUCUGACAGUUUUAAAAUGAGGGGGAAAUUGAAACUACAAGAAAGCUCCAUGUGGUAGCUGCCUGCUGAGACCCUCCCAACCCCCACCCCAGAGAACAGAGAGGAUUGUUACCAACAUUGUUUGUCCGGGAGAAAAGCAGAUUACACAAAUACAAACUAGACCAGUACAAAUCAUGGCUUGAUGAUUUGGGCUACUACAUUUUUAAUAGUUAAUUAGGAAAUUUUUUUGGAAAAUAUAAAAUUAUGUCACAGUCAAUUAAAUGCCAGAAAGAUGGACUGUUGUGUUUUCAGCAUCCUUGCCUGUAGGAGGACGUGGGGGUCCUGCUGGAGCAGGACAGGCACCCCCAGAGACCCUGUCUGCCGCAUACACGAACUAGGUUAUGUAGGAGAAGCCAACACGAGGCCAGGAGUGCCUGCUUUUUCCAUCGUUAGAAUAAGAAUAGCUUUUUCUUUGCAGUCAGUGCAAAGAAACUGAAUUUGGAUGGCCAAAUUCAAACUUGAGAGUGUUAAAAGAAUUGGGCAGUCCUGUUGGGAUACUCAGCAGCCUCCGUCUGUGCCAGCUGAAGGAAAGAUCCACCCAAGUGUCAAGUGAAACUGACUUUCCUACUGACUUGCUUUGCUUUACUGGAAACAUGUCAUGAGGCUCUUAAAAAUUAAAUUUUCCUUGCUGUAUGUGAUUUUGUAAGGGCUGAAGCAGUGGAGUUUAUAAUCCAAGAAUUCUUGAGAAUACAGUUGUCGCUAAAUAUCUUUUCUUGUGAAAGGUCUCUUAACUAUAUCUGGUCUCUGCUGAGUUAUUUGUACCUUUGCCUUAUUUCACAGAAUAAACUUGACGGUGCUGGCA